AUGUCUGCUUGCGAUUUUCAAGCCACGUCUAACAGUGAACACAAGUAUGUAAAAAAUCAAGGAACAUGCAUGAUUUGUCCCAAGAAAGCAAGUGGUCGACAUUAUGGAGUUUUCUCGUGUUGUGCCUGCAAGAUGUUCUUCCGUCGAGUCAUUGUUGAGAAUUUAUUUUACAAAUGCAAACAAAACAAAACUUGCUAUGAAAACGAAAUUAUCACCGGACGUCAGAAGCCUCCAAAAUGCCAAGCUUGUAGAUUCAAGAAAUGCGUCAAUCUGGGCAUGAUGUUGCCUCCAAAAAAAGAGCCCAAAAAUUUGGAUUCUUCGAUCACUGCGCUGCAAACAUUUCUUGCAGCCCUUAAGUUAAGAGAUGAUCAUAGGCAAACACAAUUCAUGCAAUAUUAUUCGGUUGAUGAUCCUAGUUUGGAGGAAAUCAUUGCAAAUCCUCGAGUUGUCACAAUGAGGAAAACUUCUCCUGAUGUAAAACUAUCUCCUCAUGAAUGGGGCUUUCUUGAUUCGUACUCUCGUAUCAACUUUUUCCUUUGUUUUGAUUUCAUAAACAAUCUGAGCCUCGUCGACAAGAACAUAAUUUUCAACAGCAAUACAAUGCGUGCAGUGUUGCUUGGCGCAGCAAUGAACACUAAAUGCCACGGUGUUGAUAUAUUGAGAGCUCCAGAUGGUGCAGACAUUUAUCCAGAUGAAGCAAUUAAAUUGUUUCCGACAGAUUCAAAAAUUUUGGAUAGGAUUCGGUGCUCAUUAAUUGGCAAGCUCAUUGAACUUGAAGUCAGUACCGAUGAAUAUCUACUCCUUUCAAUGAUGUUCUUCUGUGAUCCAUCUAUUUCCACUGAAUUAUCUUCACACGCCAAGAAUGAACUAUCGAAACAUCAAAAAAUCUUUAGCUCUCAUUUGCUGCUCCUCUGCAGACAGAAUCGUGCUUUCUCAGCUCCCAAUAGAUACAUGGAGCUUUUAUCAUUAUGUCAUAUCAUCAAUAAAACCAAUAUGGAUUUGCAAUACGUUUCAAUGAUGUUUCAGUUCAUGGAUCCAGACUAUAAAUUUAAAAGACUGCUCUCUGACACUUUUGUGGACGCUGGCGCAUAUUCUAAUAAUCGGAAUGAUCGAGAUGUUAAGAAAAAGUACGAAAUGUUCGGUAAAUAA